AUGACCAGCCGCCAUCUACGGACGCAGUCGCAACCUCGUCCGAGAUCGUCUAUGAACCGAGUUGGACAGUCGUUCGAGGCUUGGGAAAACGUCAGUGACAAUGCACGUUCAUCUUCUCAGUUGAACGAUAGACGAGCGAAGUCAAGUAUGAGGUAUGAAUCCGCAACACGUGAUUCUUCUAGGCAGCGAAUGCGUAACCGAGAUCCUAGUCCUGUAACUUCUUCUUGUGGCCAUAUUUCACGAGCGUCUAGUGCAGGUAGGAUGAGACAAGGGCCUGCUUCAAAGAAUAAAGAGCGAGGCGGACCUAUAGGACGAGAAUCACCCCUUCGUGUGCGGCAGGACCUCUCAGUGGAAAAGAACCCACGACGAAUUCCUCCUGUAACGAAAGCACCAUCAUUGCAGCGAGUUCCUUCGCUCCAAAAUACUCCUUCACUCCAACCUGCCAGCUCAAGUGUGUCGCAGGAGGAGCUGCAAGCUGAACAACGGUUGCAAAAGGCAGAAAACAAAAUAUCUGGAUUGCUUCAGGAGUUGGAUGAGCUUCGAUUCUUCCAAGAGCUGGAGCACAAAAGUCCUACGAAAACUCCGAAAAAGCCGCAGGCAUCGUCACACAACCCGGGCGUUCCCAUAAAUAUUCGAGCUCUCUCUCCUGCAAGGGGUGGUGGUAAAUUGCCCCCUCCUCCACCAUCCACCACCAGAACAUCGAAGUCAAAUGGAGGCGGACUGGAAACCUACCAGCCACUGUCCCCACGGAAAAUAGCCAAAUUAGACAGAAACUCAUUGGAAUUGGAGUGCCAAACACUGGUUCGAAAGCUGCAAAUAAUCGAUCGUGAGAAGCAGUCGCAAGCUGCAAUGAUUGAAAUGUACGAAAUAUCAAUGCAAGAACACGACUAUGACAAGAAAAAAAUUGAAAAGUUAGAGGGAGAACUGAAAAAAGUUUCAAUGGAGCUGAAAAGACAAUUGCAGAAUAUUCAAAGGGGGAAAGAAUUACUUGUGAAGGAAUACGAACAAAGGAUACAGAACAGCAUUAGAAAACUCGAACGAAUUCAGGACAGGGCAGACUCUUUCAAGGUAGAUUUAGGCGUAGCAAAGAAAGAAGCUGAGAAAUGGAAGCAGGAGUCUCAAAAGUGGCAAAUGGAGUUACAAGACCGAAAUGACAAGCUCGAUGACCUCAAAGGAAAUCAUCUGGCUCUAGAAGAGCAGUUGACCGCCCUCCGCGAGGUUAACUCCGGUGUUGUAGAUAAGGUGGAGAAAAAGCGUUCGGAAAUAGCAACAUUGAAGAAAGAACUUGUCAGUGCUCGAAAGGCUGUCGACGAGAGUAAGGAAGCGCGAAACGAGAGAUAUGAAGAAAAAAUUUCAGAACUUGAACAGCAUCUACUUCUCGCGAAGGAAGGCAAUUCCAACCUGGAGGCGCAAUGUUUGCAAAUUAAAGGGGUCGUGACGAAGCGAGACAAAGCACUCGAUGCUGCCUCAAAGCUCGAGUCAGAUAAUGUAGCUCUCAUCUCGCAGCUAAGGAGUCGCGUGACUGACCUAGAACGAGCGAACCAAACACGCUUUGAAGAGGGUAAACGGGCAGCAAAAGUUGUGGAAAACAAACGGAUGCAGGAGCUGGUUGCUGCUAGGGCGAAAGAAGCCAAAGACUAUGAAUGCCGCCUAAAGGCAAUGCAGGAGCAACUUCGACAUCAAUCAGAUCGUCACCAUGCCGAGAUUGAAGAAACACGAAAGCGAAACGAUGAAAAUCUGAGCUUGAUGAGAGACGAAGUCAAGGAUGAAAUACGUCGUGUCGAGGGUGACAAAGUUGCUCAAUUGGACUCGGAAUUGAAGGUGCAGAAGAGGAGCUACGAACAGAUGAAGGCAGAUUAUGCUGCUCGCGUUAGGGAACAUCAAGAGAAAGCUCGUGAGGUGGCCGCUGAUUUCCAGAGAAAAAGUGAAGGGUACCAAAGUGAAUUGGAGAGAGUGAGUGCACGUAUGGCAGAGCUCGAUAGAUCUAGUACCCAAAAAGACAAUGAGAUCAUUCAAUUGAAGGAAUCCUUGGUUGCAGCUAAGAAGAAGCUCGACAAUGGCAUGGAAAAAUUGGAAGCAAAAGCCAAAACGGAGAUCCACAAGAGCAAGCAAUUGUUGAAUCAAGAGCGCAAGACUUUCGCAACCACAGAAUCAUCCCUCCAAGCAGACAUCGCCACUUUAGAGAGCGAAAAAGCCGCAAUGGAAAGAAAAUCUAAUGAGCAAGUAGAAGACCUCUUGCAGCGUAUCAAUGGCAUGCAACGGCAGCUUGCUGAAACGCAGUCCGUUUUCAAAGAAAACGAGGAACACAAGCUUCGGCUUCAAGAGCUCAAAAACGCCCUUCAGGCAACUCAGAAUGAUCUAUUCUCCGAACGUUGUCGCAACGAGGAGGUUGAGAGCGAACUUCGAGCGGAACUUGCGAAAUUGGAAGGGAAAUUAAAAGCCAGCGAAUCGAAGUCAAUGGCUAAGAGAGCCCAGUUCAAGGAAUUGGAGCAGCAGCUGGAUUGCAUGAAUUCUACUCAGUCGAAGGUGGGAGAAGAAGCUGAAUCAACAAUAAAGAGAUUGACAACGAGACUAGACAGUGUCUCAGCGCUGCUGGACAGAGAGAAAUUAUCGUCGAAUGGAAAGGAUGCUACCAUCAGGCAACUCCGAGAAGAAGUUAUGGCGCUGCAAGAAAAGAGCCAAACGUUCCACAUGGAGACCUCCAUCAAAGAUAUGAAACGGGAGGCACAGGGUUUUGUGCUCGGCAGUGAUCGCAAAGAGAAACAAAUCGAGGAUCUCCGACAGAAAGUUGACUGUCUUGAAACUGAGAAACUGAGAAAGGAGAGUGAGUUGUCCAAUCUUCGACAGGAUUAUCAAGAUUUGUCUGAGCUACUAGAGGAGAAGUUACAUUCGAAUUUGAAUAAUGUGGAACUUAAAAGAAGGGAACGAGAUUUGAAACCAACUGCGAACAGUCGACACUCAGAUUUGGAGACCAGAAUGAAGGCAGAGAUCAGCAGCUUGAAGACCAAGCUACAUCGAAGCGAGGAAGAAAGGGAUAGCCUCUUUUCUCAACUGACACACACGAAGGCUAGGCAUGAUUCUGCUGUAAAGGAUGUAGAAGAAACGAGGGAAACUUGCAAUGGAAACGCUGAUGAUACUGAACUAAAAUCCAGCCAUAUUCGUGACGUUGUUCAGCGUUACACUCGGGUUAUUGCUGACUUGGAAACACAGUUGGAAGAAGAAUCACACUUUCGGGGUGAGCUUGAGGAUAAGCUGAAUAGUGCUCGAGAAGAGCUAAAGGAAAAGCAAGACCAUACCAAGGAACUUGUGCAUCGUCACACGAAAAACGCCAUGCAGCUCGAAUCAGAUCUCAGUAGGAUCUCAAUGGAAAGAGACGAGCUGGAGUCAAGGUUGGAUCUAAUGACAAACGGCAUGGUGAAAGAACGGAAUGAGCACAAUCUAAAUACAAAGGCAAAAUGCACUGAGGAAUAUGUGAACCUAGGCAGCGCCGCGAAGGAGCACGAAGACUAUCAUGAUCACCUCGACAGAAAAGAAAAACAACUCAAAGAAAUGAAGCAGAAGAUACCUGAAUUGCUGGCAGAUCUCGACUCGCGAACAAGGGAAAGGGAUCACUACAAAGCUGCUACAAUGAAGAGUGAGUCCGAGCUGGCAAAAAUAAAGAUUCAAUUCGACGAAACCAUUGAUCAGUACGUCAGGCAGGUGUCUGAAUUGGAGGUUCGUCUGAAAGAGAAAGCUAAAAAUGACACAUUCUCUAGAGACAAUUAUGAGACAUCACGCCUUGAAUCCUCCCGAAACGAUAAAAACAUCCGAGAGAUGAGCGAAGCUAUUAAAGAGCUCGAGUCUUUGUUGGAAGUUGCAAACUGCAACAAAGAUACGUCGAGACUCAAAAUAGAAACGAUCGCUCGUGAGCUCGAUGAGAAGCGAGCACGAUCCACCGAGCUGGAAAUGGAGAAAAUCGAGCUUGAGAGCAAACUGCUUACUCUAUCAAGAGCUAAAGAUGACCUUAGAUCAAAGGUCACGGAAUUAACGUCGAGGGUUGAGAGGAAAGAACGCGAAGUACGUGAGGUGACAGACCGGUACAAUAUGCAUGUCAUGGAACUUGAGUCAAAGUUGGACCAAGAUUCCGACGCGAAACAUACAUUAAGGCACGAAAUUGACAAAUUAAAGGCCGAUAGUCAUGCAUUGGCGAGAGACGCGGACGCGAGAGCAAAGGAUAUGACGCGACAGCUCGAAGCUAGGUUAGAAUCAUCUGCAAGGGAAAGAGACGACAUCGAAAAGACUCUGCAAAAACUGACGCAUGAGAAGUCGGAGGUAAUAAAUGCGCUUGAAGGGGUAAUAAACGAGGUACAAAAUCGAGAAGAUGAAAUUGAAUCGCUAACUGAAAUUCUUCAAAGAAGGGACGAAGAGUUACAGCACGCAAAAAUAAUUGCAACCAAGGCCCUUCAAUCGGCCAAGGACAUUCAGAAGCGAUACAAAGAGAAGGAGAAGGAUCGCCACACUGACAUGAUGGAAAAAAUGGACGAACUCCAUGAUAGCAUUGGCGUGCUUUCAAGCAAGAAUGACUCACUACAAAGAAAAAUAUCAAUGCUUGAACGGGAGUUACGGGACCGCAACAUAGAGUGCAGACGACUAAAAGAUCAACUGAGACAAAUUGAUGGAGGGCCUCUGUGCACUCUGGACCAACGGCCUAUAGACGAGACAGCGUCUAUCUCAAAAGCGAGAGAUGACGGUUCAACAUAUUCCCAGGCAUCGUUUCGCUCUUCGGCAUCUCCAAACUUUCUGCCAUCCGCAACACCAUCGUUUCACCAGGAGGGUUCGGAGGCCAUUGAAGAUCCAUUCUUAGAAGAAGGCGAUUAUGACAUGGAUGCCGACUCAUUCUCGCCUUCAAAUAGUCCCAUGCCAUUUCACGAUCACGGUGACUGUAACGGUUUCCCUUCAUAUCAGGGCCGAUCUUUCGAAGAACCAGCGAACCAUGAAAAGAUUCGCGGGGGUGCAUACGAAUCAGCUGCCACCGACACAACUUCAAAGCAGAGAAUCGAGCAAAACGCCCUGAGAAACUACGUUCGUCAGCGAUUUGCAAACAGGUGA